UCCCUCUCUCUUUUUUUUUUUUCUUCCAUGGCAACGUUCUGUUAGUUUGUGAUUAUCUGAGAGGCGGAACCAGCAGAAUGAGCCGCCUGAGUUCGGCCAUCCCCGCUGAGCAAUACCUCGCGGACAGCAAGGUUCUGUUCUACCUGAAAGAUGCGUUGACUCAGCUGCUGGACCAUAAGGAGGAGUACACCCAGUUCGGCGUGGUUCGGUACUUCGCGGAAUAUUUCAGCAGUGUGAAGAACGGCAACCACGUCCUCUUCAGGGAGUUUAACUUCAUCAGAGCCACUCAGCACAACAGAGCGUCCUUCAUCAGAGUCUUCUGGAGAUGCUUCAGGCAGAUCGGGAAGAGUGGAGACUUGCUGUCCAUGCUGGAGUACAGGUCUCUGCUGCAGGUGCUGUGCCCAGACUUCCCGCUGGAGGUGGUGCGGAGCGCCGCCAGGAUCGUUGUGAUGGAUGAAGCCACUGAUUGCCUGAUGUCAUUCUCUGACUUUAUUUAUGCCCUCCAGCUGCAGCUCUAUUACCAAGAGUUCCUGGACAGCGUUCAUGUGAUCUACCUGGAUCUGUUAGCCGGGAAGAGUCCCAACACCGUCAUCGUCCCCACAUCGUCCUCCGUGGAGCAGCUGACCUCAGCCGCCACGGAGGAGGACGACGGGGAGCAGCAGGAACAGGACGGCGUGGAUUCGUCCACGCUGGGCGAGUGUGUGGAGGCGCUCUGCGACAGGUUCAAGUCCAGCUUUCCCCCAGGGACAUGCAUGAGGGAAGUCCUGCAGCAGAGCGACAAAGUCUCCUACUACAGCCUACUGAGGGCUCUGGCUAAACAUGAGGGCAUCAACCAAACCAUAGGAGCCUUACCCAGCGAGGACGAGCUGCUCAUUGACCCAGAAAUGGACCAGGAACUUGACAAAUUAAUAGCUCAGAUCUCUGUGAGUCCCGGCAGCAACAGCAGCGGCAGCGCCGUGGGGGGGUUGAAGGAAGCGCAGAGGAGAGCCUCACCCCGCCGGAACAUCCACCAUCGGAGGAAGAUGGAGGUGGAGAGCGACGGCUCCACCGAGGAGACCGACUCCUCUGAAAACUGAAUUCUUCUGUUCACUGAUUCCAGAGCCACCAAACAGCAUCCUCUAUUAUAGAUCUAUUCCGUUAGACUGUGCAGCAUAAACAAAGAGAGAACAUGUUGACCCUAUGAGGGACGUCAGGCUGACAAAUCCACUCUUCCACCGUUUCAUUUCAUCUCCUCUUAACCUUCGCUCGUACAUAAAUAUUCUACUGAUCUUUUGAAUUGAUCUUCGGUUCCUCUCUGAAGAGUUUUUCUUUCCUUUUUAUUUUUUACAGAUUUUUUUGGUCCAGUUUUGGAGGCUCUGUUUUUUUUUAUCUUAUGGUCAGUUUUUUAAAGUAGCUGUAAUAUUUAAAAAUCUUUUUUUUUUCCACUUUGUGUCAGACGGACUUGACACCUCUAAUUAAUUCUAUGAAAUGUUAAAAAGAAAACAUUUUAUAAAUGUUUCACAAACAAAAUGCAUCAUCCUUUCUCAAUGACAUAUUAAUGUAUAAAAUGACGUUCUCUUCAUUUACUCUUUGUUUUUGUCCAUUUUUAAUAAUUACAAGCUUCUCUUUUAACCCUUCGAUCUGCCUCCGCAUCACUCCUUGUGUAACACUUUCACUACUGUAUCACCUGUUGAUGUAUAUAUCAAUUAUUUAAGGACAUGAAUAUGUUCAGUAUAUAUGAUGCCAUUCUCACAAUGAGCAAUAAAAGCUAGAACUGUGA